UCUUCUCCCCCCUUCUUCCGAACCAGCGGGGAACCUAGGCUGCCAGGACUACUAUUGGGAGUCGUGACCGAGCAGGCCGCUCUCGGAGUCUCAGUCCCUCUCUCACGCUUCGGAAGCCAGUAGUGCUUGAGAACAUGUGUCAGUGAAGUGUACCAAAUAAAUCACGCACCUUUGAACAGUGUCUGACUCAGUUCGACUUACUCCUCGAGUUGUCGAACCCAAGACAAAAAAGCCUCUUGUGUUGUAGAUUCGGAGGAACUAUGAUGAAUUAGGGUGUGAUUCUCAUAGAGACUUUUUCAUCCUUUGUGAGGGUUGAUUAAUCCGCAGUCAUGACCGAGGGAGAUGUCAAAGAGCAUGGAGAGCCUGUGCAGUAUGAUCCAGAAUUCAAAGGCCCCAUCAAGGAUAGGUCUUGUACAGAUAUUCUCUGCCUUCUGCUUUUUAUAGCAUUCCUUGCAGGAUGGGGUGUUGUAGCAGGAUUUGCGGCCUUCAAUGGAGACCCAUCUCGCUUGCUAUACCCGACAGACAGCUUGGGUCGUGUUUGUGGUAAAGACCCUGAAGUGAUCAACAAGACUUACCUUCUUUUCUUUGAUCUGACAAGAUGUGCUUCUCCAAAAGUCAUUGCAACUGGUUGCCCAACACCACAGGUUUGUGUAAAGGAGUGUCCCCAAGAAAACUGGUUUUACAAACCAAGUCCAGAUAAUAGUAUUCGAUCGAAACUAAUUUGUAUUGAAGGCGUUAAUGGUGUUACCGACCCAAGGGAACCAUCUGACUUAGUGAAGAAUGGCAUUUGUGCAUAUUAUUAUGUGCAGAGUAAACCUUUGGCUCGUAGAUGCAUCCCAAGAAACGUUACGUUCUUUGCUGAUAGUAUCAUGAAUUCUAUUGACGCAACAUCCGGCCUGUCCAAAUUUGAAAAAUUUGAAUAUCUUUCGAAGGCAAUGAAAUAUGUUUUCCGAUUUGCCAAGUUCCAGGAGGUAGCUGAGGGAGUUUUCCAAGAUAUCAAAACAACAUGGUGGAUCAUCUUGGGAGGAUUUGUUGUGGCAAUGCUUGUGUCUUUCUUGUGGAUAUUCCUUCUAAGAUUUAUAUCAGCAGUUAUGAUUUGGUUCUCCCUGGUGGCAUUUGUUGGACUUUCUGGAUUUGGUUGUUAUUACACCAUGAACAAGUAUCUAACGUUGCGUAAGGAUGGAACCAUAAACAUGACCAUGCCUGAGAUUCAGUUUACCACGGAGUUCAGCAAGUAUGGAGAAUUAGAAACAACAUGGCUCAUUUUGUUCAUCAUCACACUGACAGUCUUCUUAGUGUGCUUGUUUGUUCUCAUAUUUUUGCGGAAGCGAAUCAACAUAGCAAUUGCUCUUAUUGGACAAGCUAGCAAGGCUGUUGGUAACAUCAUGUCAACCUUGUUUUUCCCUAUUAUACCAUACAUUAUACAGCUGAUAGUUCUGGGAUUCUUUUGUAUUGUUGCCUUGUACCUUUCAUCUGCGGGAAAAGCACAGUACAGAAUCAUGUGCCCUAGCACAGGAUGUAAAUGCGAAGCAGUUGGUAUAAAGGAAAAUGCUACAUGUGACUAUAAGACCUUCAGUAACACAUCGUGCCCAGAAGCCUCAUGCCAGUUCUUUGACUAUCAUGUAGACCCAAAUAUUCCAAGGCUUCAUAUCUAUAACGUCUUCGCUCUCUUUUGGGCUAUGUUCUUUGUGUCUGCCUUUGGCGAGAUGGUUUUGGCUGGUGCUUUUGCAUCCUGGUAUUGGGCAUUCAACAAGUCUAAAGAUGUCCCUUCUCUGCCUGUAACCUCAAGUUUUGGUAGAACUCUGAGAUACCACAUAGGAACAUUGGCAUUUGGCUCCUUGAUUAUCGCUAUAGUACGAAUGAUUCGUGUGAUUUUGGAGUACAUUGAUCACAAAGUCAAGCAGAAGACAGAUAGUAAAAUUAUCCAUUGUCUUUUGUGUUGCUGUAAAUGCUGCCUUUGGUGCCUGGAGAAGUUCCUGAAAUUCAUUAAUAGGAAUGCUUAUGUGUACUGUGCCAUAUAUGGUAAAAACUUCUGUGUUUCUGCCAAAAAUGCUUUCUCUCUCAUCAUGAGGAACAUUGCGCGGGUUGUUGUUCUCGACAAGGUAACUGACUUCCUGCUGUUUAUUGGAAAAAUGGUAGUAGUUGGUAUCGUUGGAAUAGCUUCCUUCUUCAUCCUCAGUGGGGAAAUAGCUACUUUAGAUAGUUAUUUACCUGCUAUGAACUACUACCUCACCCCUGUCAUCAUUAUCACCAUUGGGACUUUCUUCAUUGCCACAGCCUUUUUCUCUGUGUAUGCUAUGGCUGUAGACACAUUGUUUUUGUGCUUCCUUGAAGAUUGUGAGAGGAAUGAUGGGAGCUCUGAGAGACCCUAUUACAUGAGUAAAGACCUCAUGAAGAUUUUGGAGAAGAAAAAUAAGUUUAAAGAAGAAUAAUCAAAUCAUGUUUUUGAUACAGUUACUCCAUGUUUACAUGAUUUAGGCACUGGAAGAACCUGCUGAUUUGCAUAUCUUCCAGUAAGUUUUGUUUUAUAACUGGGAAUUCUUAUAUAAAGACAAGCACUUUAAUUUUAAGGGUCAGAUAGUUAAAAUGAGUUAUUUUUUUAGAUUAUGAAUGGGUGUUUGUUAUUAUGAUCAGCAUCUGUUUUUCAUCACAGUGUUUGUGAUACUUAUGGAAAUUGACCAGAAGCCAAGUUAGUAGAGAGAUUUGGUUAAAUUUUAUCCAUUACAGGGGUGCUCUUAUGAUUACUGAAACCAUAAGAAAUUUAAAAGUGAAAUGUUCAGUUUUCUAACUGUAAAGGAAUAUUACAGUAUUUUUGCUGUGGUAUUACUUUUUAUCAGGAAGUACUUUCUAAAUCCAAAGGUUGUUACUAUUUUCAUGAUAACCAUAGGGAUUGCUGUUCAUAGCUAAUUUGGUUAGCUGUCAUAUGUAACAAAUAAGCAUAAUUAUUCAUGAAUACUGAAUUAUUACUUUGUGCCAUUAUUUAUUGUAGCAUACAUGAGCUGCACAUUUUAUUUCUCACACAUUAUUUGUAUCUGAUUCUUCAUUAUCUCACCUCUUCCUCUCAUCAUUUCAUGCUCAUAAAUAUAUCCAGGCUUUAAUUUACAAAUAAGAUGGAUGGUUAUUAUGCAUUUCACAUUAUUUUAUGUUUUUUUAGAUACUAGAAAAUCUUGACCUUACCUUAAUUUGCUUCAGGAUUUUACAAAACCUGUUAGAAUUAAUUUUUCUCUCUUUUAGAGAAGAAAAACUUUUUUUAUACUGAUGUCCUAUCAUACACAAAGAUGUUGAACUAUUACUAUGCAAAAUUUAAUUUGCCAGCAUAAAACUAUUUUUACUAAUGGCUUCAUUCUUAGCAUUUUGCUUCAUCAUGACCUCAUUGCUGGUGGGAUUUUAGAGGAAAAGAUGAGCAAAGCAAAUUAGUGUGUGAUUAUUUUUAUAUAUAUAUAUUUUUACUUGUUUUAAUAUUUGUAGGUCAAGGAAAAACAAAUUUUUUUAAUGUGCAUUGAUGGUGUACCUGAAAAAAGGUUUCCAUCAUGACAUAUGCAGUAAUAUAUUAUAUAUAUAUAU